AUGUACGGCACCAGGCCAGAGCUGCCUUCCACCGGCAGAAGGAGACGGCUUCAACACAAGACGCUCGAAGAGUGUUCAGGAUCAGGCUCCCCCUCCAACCUGUUACCAAGCCAGAAGGUCUGGGUAGAGAGCGGCCUUUUUGCAUCCCCCGCCCCCCGUCCCCGGAUUCAGCCGACCCCCCCUCGCUUUGCUUUGUUUUUUUACCAGGCUUUGGCGCAUCAGGGGCUUCUCGACUCCCUCCUCCGGGGCGCUGCGGGUUCCCCUCGCUCUAGAUCCCAGGGAGCGCGGGUUCCCGCCGGACAAAGGACGCCCCGCCGCCCAUUGAACGCGCCGCGGCCGCUGCGGAUCCCCCGAUGCAAGCGCGCAGGUGGCAGCCAGCAGCGCCGCGCAUGUUGCUCCUCCAAGGGACUGCGCGAGCCCGGGCAAGGGCGAGCGCCGAGGGGAGGGCGGAGGAGAGGCGGCGCACCCGGCCUCGGCAGGCUCCCCUCGGGGAGGAAGAGCGCACGGAGCGCCGCCGCCGCCAGCCAUUCCCGUUCCUCCUCCGCGAUCCAGUCCGGGUUUUGCAGCCGGUCGCGCAAAAACGGGCGGCGCCUCCAGCGCGUGCGCACUGAGGCUCUGCCGUCGGCGGGGAAGCGGCGGAGGCCCCGAGUGGCCUUUGUGAGGGGAGAGGAGGAGGCCGGCGAGGGUUCGGGCCCCGCGUUCCCCAGCAUCCUUCCCGUUCCCCUUCCCUCCAGCUGGGCCUUCAGAGUUAGACUGGUGGGUUUCUCACCUCUUGAAUCCGUCACCAUGGACGAUUAUCUGUACUACAAAUACAGUCCCAACAACACCAACACUUACUUCUGUAAUAUUUGCAAAGUCUAUGGUGCAUCUGCCUUACACAUGCAGGCUCAUUUCCUUGGGGCCAGACAUAAGGCGGCGGAAGAAGCUUUGAAAGCUCAUGGCAUCGUUAAGCCUUUGAAUUCUUCAGCAGAACCAGAAAGUGUUCCAGUGGACAUUCAAGCUAUAACAGCUCCAGGAACAACUUUGGAGGAACAACUCAAUGCGUGUAAAGAUGCGGAACCUGCAAUCGGCCUCGAAUAUAUAACUGAAUAUCGGUCGGAGGAAAACCUGGCUUAUAAAUGUCACCUCUGCGGAUGCCUAACAGGUCUAACGCACAUGUUCGUGCACGUUUUGGGUGUUAAACACAGGCAAGCAUAUUUGAGAAAACAUCACCCUGAAAUGGGGAAGGUGAGAGGCCCUGCAGAACGGACCCGUGCAAAACGGAUCAAAAGCAGACUUAAAGCAUAUGCUAUGCAAGUUGAACAAGCCGAAGGAAGAAAGCAAAUAAAGAGUACAACGGAUCGUCCUAAUGAAAAAGAUGACAUAUGUUCAGUGGACGUUGCAGACUCUUCCAUCACUUGGUUUACCUCAGAUGAUGCUGAGGAAAAAAAGAAAGAAGAUAUGAAACCAGUGGCAAAAGAAGCUGCUAAGUGUGAUAAUAGUGACAAGUCGGGAGAUGGAAAGGAGUCAGAGCAGAGCACUGUGCAGCUAUUAGAUGUAUUUGACAGUGACUCCGAUUCUGAAGAAUUUAUGAGCAACUACGCACUACUAAGAUAUUUGAAAAGCUUUGAAUUCGUGGAUGAGGACAAUGCUGCAUUCAUCCUGCAGGUUACUCAGAAACUCACCCGAGCGCUGGUUGUGUAUCGUGGGAAACUUUCCGAGAAAAACAACAUUCCUGAGCAAAAUCAGAACGUUUCUGAGCUAAGAGCCGACGUUUCUGAGCAAAAUCAGAAUGCUCCUAUGCAAAAACCGGACGUUCCCAAGCAAAAUCAGAGUGCUCCUAUGCAAAAACCGAACGUUUUCAAGCAAAAUCAGAAGGUUUCUUAUCAGAAUCAGAAGAUUUCUAAGCAGAAUCAGAAGGUGUCUAAGCUAAAACAGCAUGCAGAUUCUGCUGACCAUUCAAAGCAGAAGACAUCGUCGGGCGCUGCUGGACCUCCUAACGACGAUUUUUCACAAUGGGAUCUGCCUAUUGAACAAUCCUUUGAACAUAUGGAAACAAAUCCCAUUGUUAAGAUACCAGCUAAGCGAAAAGCACCAGAGCCAAACCCGGAUCCUUCAGAAGACAAGGUUAAAACUUGUAAACUUGAGGCUUCGUUGCCCACAUCUCAACAGAAACCUAGUGAACAAGACUCUUGUGAUGCUAAAGGGCCAGGUGAGCGUCGGGGGCCACGUGACUCUGAAAGCCGAGGUGAGUCUCGGAAGCCACGUGCUGCUCCUGGUGCUGCCAGGCGUCCGGAUGCAGCCAAAGACCCGCGUGCUCAGCCCCCUCAAAGGCAGAGGUUUGCUCAGAGGCGAGAUGCCAUCUCUUGCAGCCCUAAAAGGCGAGAUGUCCCGUCUUUGCGUCAGAAUCGGUCCGGUGUAUCUCCUCCUGUGCCAUUACGGUCCGAACAUGAUGAUGGAAAAUAUGUCAGCAGUAGAAGAAAGAUGGAUAUUGAGGAAGUUGAAAUCUGGGCGCCUGACCCUGCAUUCAGUGUUCCUCUAGGGCCACUCAAGACAGUAUGGAUCAUUGGCCACAGCGUCGUUCACAAGGCUGGGGCCUACGCAGCUGCCUCUGGCUGGGGGAGAGUCUUGGGGCUCGACAAUCGCAUAAAGAUCACAUGGAUGGGACAGAGAGAGAUGCUGUGGGACGUUCUUCUACCAACCAUAUCCUCCAAGGUCUCCUGCUUUGGUGCCCCGGAUGCCAUCGUCAUCCAGCUGGGUGAAGACGACCUCGUAGGUCGAAAAGGGGUCAAACUGACUAUUGCCAUGACGGCCGACAUACAGACCAUCAAAUCCAGGCUCCCAGAUACGCGACUCUUCUGGUCAGACCUUCUGGAGCGGCGCAAAUGGAGCGGGGAUGAAGCACCAGAGAAGAUUGACCUUGCUAGGAGGAAAGUUAGCGCUGUGGCAGGGCAGGUCAUCGAAGAGACUGGUGGUGUUGUUAUCUACCACCCCGACAUUAGCUUCAGGCUGAAGGCCCUCUUUAGGGCUGACGGUGUCAAUCUCUCGGACUGGGGUCUGGAUCUCUGGCUUUAUAGCAUUCGCGACGCAUUGCUUUGUUGGCUGCAAUCGUAGGUAGGAGCAGGUUAAGAAUGGACAUCCAAAUCGUGAUCAAGAUUCAAUCGAGAGUGGGACCCUGAAACCAAAGAAAACCAUCAGCACAAGUUGAAGAAAACACCGUUUUGUGGUUCUUUUUUGAGAUGCAUUCCAAGUUGGACUUUUGUUUUUUUCCGGUUUUAGAUUUGAUUGCUUUUCUGAAUAACAGCAUCGAACCCAAAAUUAA